AUGCGACUUCUUCUCGAGAUGUAUGAACUAACAAUUCAAGUUAUCUACCCCUUCCCACAUACACACUAUACAAUGAUGGAAUGCCUUCUUUGGUUCCGGCUCCCGGGGUCUCAAGAGCGGCGGCCCGCGCCUAUCUCGACCCCCAACCCCUCCGCGCUCCACUCUCGUUUGCCUGGACGCGGAGGUCGGUGCCCACUUGCCCAUUUUCCGCGCGCGCGGGGACUGGGCGGGAAUCUGACGCCAGGGGGUGCUCGCCUUUCGCUCCCUUAUAACCGGUCAGGGGUAGGCUCCCCCGCACCCGCCCCGGGUGAGGAGAAUCUGAAGCUCCGAGCGCUAGGGAAAGGGGCGGGGAAAAGCUCGUUUGCAAAAAAAAAAAACUCGUGCAGCGUGUACAGCACAGUCGGGAGCGCAUUUAAAUUCCCCGCGCGCCUGUGCAGGAAGCGGAGUGAGAUCACCCCAGGAGAGGCUGUCACAGGGCGCGGCGGCCGGGGACCGGGAACGGCACCGCGGUGGGGGCCUCCUUCCCGCUUCCUCCUCCUCCUCGGCCGGGCGGCCUCUUCGUCUUCUCCCCGCUAUGGGUCGCUGGCCGCCGCCGAAGACUUCGACAGCGACCGGGCGGGCGCAGCUCGUGGCCGUCCUGUCGCAGAUGAGCCCGGCCUCGCUCUGCGGCCCCGCAGGGCCAGCAGCCGCGACAGGAGCGUGCUGGUGAGCCCGCGCGGCUGCGCCUCGGGCAGUGCUCGCUGGGCCGCGCAGGCUGCUGCAGGGCCCACGGCCGCCCCGACGCUAGGGGCGCGCGGCAGCGCCUCGGCCUCCCCUGCCCGGAGCCGAGCAGCCGGCCGAUCGGUGUCCCCGGCGCUCUCCCGCCGCCUCCCCACCUUCCUGAGGCGGCCGAGGCCCAGAGGCGCCGGCGGGAGAGCGGGGGCCGCCCCAGAGGCCCGAAGGCCCGGAGCACAGAGGGAUAUGGGCGAGGUCGGCGCCCUGUUUCCGGAGUCCCAGGAGGCCCGGAGGCGAAGCGGCCAGUGGGUCCGGGCUGCCGCUGCCGAAGGCCCGGGAAGGCGAAGCGGCCACCGGCCCGAGCCGAGGAGUCCCGAGCAGCCACCGCGGGCGGGAAGGGCCGAGGACGACGAGGAGGCGGCCAGCGCGGAGGGAGGUGGUCACUGCGGAGCCCUGAGCAAAGAGAGCCUGCACUGCCAGGCCUUAGAGCAGAAAUGUAGCUAUUAUCACUGCAAGGACCGCAACAUCCGACGGGAAAGUGCUUGCGCGCGCGCGUGUGUGGUGUGGUGUGUACAGGGCGCUAACCACGUUUACUUCAAGCAGUUUUGCCUAAGUUGUCAGAAGUAUUAUAACCCUUACCGAGUGGAGGAUACUUGUCAAAAUUGUAAACAGACUAAAUGCUCCUGCCCAGUAAAACUUCACGUGGACUCCGAAAGGCCUCAUCGUCAAGCGUGUGGGAGAUGCAAAGGCAAACCUUUCUCCUGCGACAGCACUUUCAGCCUCAAAUAUAUCGUUUAAACGAACAUAAAACGAACCUGCUGAAGUUGUGCUAAUGCAGCAAACAAGUAAGAUUUUCUCCAUGCCCCUUCGCCUUUCCACCUCCUCCUUCUCAAAAUACUUCAUGAAAGACAGUGUAUUUUGACAAUACCUUCAAAUAAACGUAUUGCAAAACCGAUUUUAAGACAAAACAAAUAAUUUUAAAAAAUAACAAAACUAAGGAUUAAGGACUCACUCAGUUACCAGGAAACUGAUGUACAGGCAAAUGUCUGGGAACACCACUUGUGGUCAUCCCUGGGGGAGACUAUGUUAAGGAUAAUUGUUGUUUGUUGUUGGGUGACGUCCAGUCGAUUUUCGACUCAUGGUGACUCCAUGUGAUACAGUAGAGUUUUCUAGGCUGGUGGCGCAGGGAUUAA